AUGAAAACAUUAUUAAGUCCGAAUUCAACUGUAACAACACAGCAUUAUAUUCUUCAAAUUUUGAAUAAAGAUGGAUUUAUUCGUCAUUUUGAUUUUGCUUCUAUUCAUAGCAUUAAACUUAAUGAUGUAUAUUUACAAGCACAACUCGAUAAAGUCCUAACAAAAACAUUAGAUAGUCAUAAACCAUCAUUAAAUACAGACUUAAAUUAUGUUCAAAUUUUUUUUCAUAGUGAUAAUUUAUUAACAUCUCCGAAAUUGGCUAUUACAAAUACAAAUAUUAUUGAUGAAUCAAAUACACUCAAAGUAUCAUAUUGUUAUCCAACAAAAGAAUGGCGCUGUUUAUACCGAUGUGAAAUUGAUUCAUCGUUAUCAAAUAGUAAUGGUUCAACAGUUGAUCUAACUUUAUUUGGUUCAAUUAAUAAUCCAACAGAUGAAGAUUGGUCUCAAGUUGAACUCAUACUUGUUGCUAAUGAACUUGAAAUUUUGAAUAAUAAUAAAGCAACACUUAUGACUUCUAUUGUUCGUGAAGAAGCCGAAGGUAAUGAUCGAAGCUCAUCAGGUAGUAUGCAAAUUUUCAUCAAAACAUUGACGGGUAAAACAAUUACGAUAGACAUCGAUCCAUCGGAUAGAAUUGAAAAAGUAAAGUCUAAAAUUCAAGAUAAAGAAGGUAUUCCUCCAGAUCAACAACGUCUAGUAUUUGCUGGGAAACAAUUAGAAGAUGGAAGAACAUUAGCUGAUUAUAAUAUUCAAAAAGAGUCUACUUUACAUUUGGUACUUCGAUUACGUGGUAGUCUAGGCGAUGAAUGUGAAUCAAUACAUAUAAAAAAGAAAAGAUCCAUUAAUAAUAAGAGUGUUGUUAUUGAUGAUGAUGAAAGAUAUGAAUCGAUUGAUUCAAGUCAAAUGAGUGGUCUCAGUGAAAAUGUUGUUUAUAAAAUUAAUACACCAGUUACAAUUCGAUCACAUGAAAGUAUUCUAGUAACAAUUAAUAAAUGGCAAAUGGAUGCACAAUUAGUACUUUAUUAUGAUCCGAAAAUGAAUGAUUUAAAUGCAAUCAAAGCUGUUCAUUUAAGAAAUAGUAGUGAUGUUGUAUUAGCACCAGGAAGUAUUGCUGUUUUGGAUAAUGGACGUUUUGUUGCUCAAGGUGCAUUUACACCAAUGUUGCCAAACGAUGAUCAAUUGAUUAAUUAUGGUUUUGAUUCGACCGUAUCGAUUCUUCGUACAACUCCAAUAGCACUUCAAGAAGUUCAUACAGAAAGUGUUGAUAUUAUUUACACUGAAUUUGAUAAAAUCAAUACAAAUGUUGUUCCAACUGGCAUUGAUCUUCAACAAAUUUAUCUAAAACGUACACGUUAUUUAAUUAAAAAUAAUUCUUUAGAUCGACCUAUAGCUAAGUUUUUUAUUGAUCAUGUUGCUGAUCGAUCAUUAGGUGGUUAUGUUGUAACAACACAAAAGAACUGUAUUAAAUCAGUUAUGGGUUUCAGCCGUUUUGAAUUAAAACUUGAACCACAGCAAGAAAUUGAACUUAUUGUUGAUGAACAAGCAAAAUAUAGUAAAAAGAUUUUUGAAACAUCGGCACUUGAAUUAUUCUUAGAAAAACAAGUUCCUGAGCUAAUUCAAUUGAAAUUAAUCGACGAGAAAACAGUUGAAUUAAUUCAAAAGAUCAUUACAUAUAAAUAUGUUCAACAAGUUCUUCAACAUAUGAUUGACAGUUCAAUAACAGAUAGUCAAAUUCGAACAUGGACACCUAAACGUGAUUUAAUUCCAACAUCAUUAUUUGAUAAAUCUGUUACUAUUGUUGAUACACAAAUAGUUAUACGUGAACUUGAAACAAAAAUUAAAUCAGGCGAAGCACAUAUUAAAUCUAUAUUUGAAAAUCAAGAACGUAUUCGACAAAAUAUAAAAUCAUUAGAAAAAAUUGAUAAAUCUGAUUUAAUGAUACGUUAUUUAAAAGAUUUAAAUACAGAAGAAGAGGAUGUACAACAAACAAGACGUGAAAUAAAAACAAUGCAAGAUGAACUUAAUACAAAACAACGAGAAUUAGAAGAAGAGCAAGCAUUCCUUAAACAUGAAGCAAAAGAGACACAGAAAAAAUUUCACAUGUAA